GCCAACAAUGUAGCGAAUGUCCCGACUGCGCCCCGCACUCGGCGCCCGGGACGGACCGGGGGGAAGAUGGAAAUCGGCCCGCGCCGUUGAACUCGCCGCCGUCGUUAAAGUUGAACGGGUAACCCCCUCACCACGGUAGGCUGAGCGGCGGCGCUGGGCGUCCCGAGGAGGUGAGCGAAGGCGCGGGUGAGGUGGCGCCGCGGUUUCCCCUCAACUCCGAACACUGUCAGUCUGCAAAAUGAUGAUUCCAAGGAUUUUCAUUGUCCGUAGGAAACGUGAAGAUUAUGAGCUGAACUAAAACGUUGGCAGAAGUUUCUCAAGAAUUUUGCCUUUCCUUUUUCUCUCCAAAGGAUUAUGUUUACAACAAAUUGAUACUGUCAAGUGACACUUUUUCUAAAUAAAGUAGUUUUAAACCCCUCUAAGAAUAAAGCUGUAUUUAUGCUCAGAGAAAACUGGAUUCACAAUGAGGCCAAAGACUUUUCCUGCUACGACAUAUUCUGGAAACAGCAGACAAAGGUUACAAGAAAUUCGAGAAGGUUUAAAGCAACCAUCCAAAUCUUCAGGUCAGGGGCUACCUAUUGGACCAGGCAGUGAAACUUCUCUGGACCAUAAGAUUUUGAUAGGGAAGGAUGCUGCGAGGCAACAGCAGAUGAGACAAACACCUAAGUUUGGACCAUAUCAGAAAGCUCUGCGGGAAAUUAGGUAUUCUUUGCUGCCUUUUGCCAAUGAGUCGAGUACUACAGCUGCUGUGGAAGUGAAUAGGCAGAUGCUCCAGGAACUGGUGAACGCAGGCUGUGAUCAGGAGAUGGCUGUUCGAGCACUGAAGCAGACGGGUAGCAGAAGUAUUGAAGCGGCUCUGGAGUAUAUCAGUAAGAUGAGCUACUUGGAUCCUAGAAAUGAACAGAUAGUGCGUGUGAUUAAGCAGACCUCACCUGGAAAGGGUAUUGUGCCAAAUAACGUAACCCGUAGGCCAAGCUUUGAAGGAUCAAAUGAAUGUUUUCCGUCCUACCAUCAGCUCAGUAAUGCAGCCUAUGAAGGGACAGGCUUUGGGGCAGAAGGUGCAAAUAUGCUGACUGAAGUUCCGAGGCCAUACAUGGACUACUUAAUCUCUACUUCGCAGUCUACAGCUAUGAAUGCUGCUGUACAACGACCCUCUGGAGUAGGCACUCACAGCACACCAGCAAGCCAUCAGCAGAAAACAUACCCUGCAAAUAUUGAGUCUUCUGUGAUUAAUUAUCCGGUGGCUAAUCACAGCAGCCAAGCCUUGCAGCUGCAGGCAGCCCAUGGCUCCAACAACCAGCAUUACAGUAGGCAGCACAUGAUGGUGCAGGGGGAGCCCAUGGGGUAUGGCAUUCAGCGGAGUCCAUCCUUCCAAAACAAGAUGCAGCAGGAGGGAGGAUACACCAGUCUCCCAAAUAAAGGGGCAGUUAUUCAGAAUAAUUCUGGUCACGCAUUUCAGCAGCCACCAGCAAGCCUGUAUAUAUCACAUUCUCAUCACAAGCAAACAAGCCCUUCUUCUCACCAAAUGCAUGUGAUGUCCAGAGGUCCAGCCUUUGCUAAUGAUUUUUCAGACAGCCCACCACAAAAUCUAUUAACUCCGUCUAGAAAUAGCCUAAACAUGGACCUCUAUGACAUGAGUAAUCCUCAAGUUCAGCAGUGGCAGGCAGCAACGCCGUCACGCCGAGACUCUUUACAAAAUCCAGGAAUAGAAACAUCUCCACGGCAACACGUAUCCUUCAGACCCGACGCCACGGUGCCAAGCAGAACUAACUCCUUUAACAACCACCAGCAGCAGCCGCAAGUGACAGUGUCUAUACGGCAGGUUCCUCCGUCAAAACCCGAUCCUUCAAUUACGUCUCCAAACACGAUCACGGCAGUCACAUCUGCUCACAUUCUCCAGCCGGUGAAGAGCAUGCGAGUGAUGAGACCCGAGCCUCAGACUGCGGUGGGACCUUCCCACCCUGGCUGGCUACCUGCACAGGCACCGGCUGUGGAUGGGCUGGAGCUGAUGGAGCAGCACGUGUCACCCGUGGGAGCAGCCAACGCCUACCAAUUGGACGUGGAUUACGGCAACCAGGAGCUGCGGUGCCCGCCGCCGCCGUACCCCAAGCAUUUGUUACUGCCCGGAAACUCUGAGCAGUUUGAUAUCAACUGCUUGUGCAUGGGUGUAGAGCAGACCCUCCGUGUGAUCCCCAACUCAACGUGCAAUAAGGCUGAGGAGAACAACGAGCGAAACGAUAAAAGCAGCAAGAGCACUAAAGCUGAAAAACCGAGCAAAGACAAAAAGCAGAUUCAGACGUCUCCGGUGCCUGUGCGGAAAAAUGGCAAAGACGAGGAGAAGCGAGAAUCGCGGAUAAAGAGCUACUCGCCCUUUGCCUUCAAAUUCUACAUGGAGCAACACGUAGAGAAUGUUAUAAAGACCUACCAGCAGAAAAUCAACCGAAGAUUGCAGUUGGAGCAAGAAAUGGCUAAAGCUGGCCUUUGUGAAGCAGAACAGGAACAAAUGAGGAAAAUUCUCUACCAGAAGGAGUCCAACUACAACAGACUUAAAAGGGCCAAAAUGGACAAAUCUAUGUUUGUGAAAAUCAAGACCCUGGGUAUCGGUGCGUUUGGAGAAGUGUGCCUGGCCUGCAAAGUGGACACCCACGCCCUGUAUGCCAUGAAGACUCUGCGGAAGAAGGACGUGCUAAACCGGAACCAGGUGGCUCACGUCAAAGCGGAGAGGGACAUACUUGCUGAGGCAGACAACGAAUGGGUGGUCAAACUCUAUUACUCCUUCCAAGAUAAAGAGAACUUGUACUUUGUGAUGGACUACAUUCCUGGUGGGGAUAUGAUGAGUCUCCUGAUUCGGAUGGAGGUCUUUCCAGAGCGUCUGGCUAGAUUUUACAUUGCAGAGCUCACUUUGGCCAUAGAGAGCGUGCACAAAAUGGGAUUUAUCCAUCGAGACAUCAAACCCGACAACAUUCUGAUAGACCUCGAUGGGCAUAUCAAGCUGACUGACUUUGGACUGUGUACUGGAUUCAGGUGGACUCACAAUUCAAAAUACUAUCAGAAAGGGAGCCAUAUCAGACAAGACAGCAUGGAGCCCAGUGAUCUUUGGGAUGAUGUGUCCAAUUGUAGAUGUGGAGAUAGGCUGAAGACAUUGGAACAAAGAGCUAAGAAGCAGCACCAGAGAUGUCUAGCCCACUCCUUAGUUGGAACCCCUAAUUAUAUUGCUCCCGAAGUCCUGCUUCGUAAAGGAUACACUCAGCUCUGUGACUGGUGGAGUGUUGGUGUGAUCCUCUUUGAGAUGUUGGUGGGACAGCCGCCUUUCCUGGCUCCUACACCCACAGAAACCCAGCUGAAGGUGAUAAAUUGGGAAAGCACCCUGCACAUUCCCUCGCAGAUCAAGCUGAGCCCUGAGGCGACAGAUCUCAUCACCAAGCUCUGCUGUGCUGCCGAGGACAGGCUCGGGAGAAACGGAGCAGAUGAUAUCAAAGCCCAUUCUUUCUUUCACUCCAUGGACUUCUCGACUGACAUCCGCAGGCAGCCGGCUCCCUACGUUCCAAAGAUCAGCCAUCCAAUGGACACUUCCAACUUUGAUCCGGUUGAAGAAGAAAGCCCUUGGAACGACGCCAGCGGGGACAGCACCAGGACGUGGGACCCGCUGGCCUCUUCCAACAGCAAACACACAGAACACGCUUUCUACGAGUUCACCUUCCGGAGGUUCUUCGAUGACAACGGGUACCCAUUCAGGUAUCCCAAACCCUCGGGAGUGGAAGUGGGCCAGUCUGAGAAAUCUGACGCGGAAGAGAAAGGUGUGGUGGAUCAGACUGGAGCUUGUCAGCCUGUAUAUGUGUAAAUUAUUGUAUAGAGUACUCCAGGUAAAACUAAUCUUAAAUCCCGUAGGGCUUUUAACUGAUCCUUUAGGAGCUGAUCCUGCAGCGCUUGUUCAGGUGUAACUUCAGCUGAGGCUGGAGGCGUCCUGGGCAGGCAGAAGCUUGCAGGGCCAGGUCCUAAAAACGGCACUCUUGAAAGUUCAGGUCAGUUUUACUGUAAAUAACUGUUAAUAAUUACACUUGAAAAUCCUGGUCUUCACCAAAGUCUCCAAGGCCAGCAGUCUGUCAUUUCCAGGCCUAUUUUUAUUUGAGGUCGGCGUCCCCCUACUCAGAUUAACACCUACAGACUUCUGCAACUGUCAGCGUUAUUUUUUAAAAUGAAUAAAGAGCACUUAUAUUUUGUUUAUAGCAGGGUUUUUGUUUUGUUUGUUUGUUUCCUACUAAAUUAUAGGGAUUAACUUUGACAAAUCAUGCUGCUGUUCUUCUUUUCUACAUUUUUAUUUUAUCCAUAGCACUUAUUUCACAUUUAGGAGGAUGCAUAAAGCUGAAGAACAUGUGAUGAAAGGUCUCCGUGCAAUAAUGUAAGAAAGAAAAAGGAAAACAAAAAAAAAAGAAAAAGGAAAAAAAGAAGAAGCCAGCUGUGUAGUUUUCUAAAUGUACUGAUGCCAUUGUAUCCGCACCGUGGUGUUUGUUUGUAUGUGUAUUUGCCACAUUUCGAGAUGGUGACAUAACCUUAAAGCUGCUUUAUUUCCUUCUGCUUAUUGGAGUGUAAUAGAAAGUGUGAGCAAGUGACAAAUCGAGUGUGAUUUCGUUGUCUAGCGUGUGAAGAAUGUUGCAUGAGCAGUGUUUUUCUAUUUGAAAUGGCCUUUUCUUGCCAUUCACAGGCAGGUCCUGUGGAUCUGUUUUUACUAAGGGUCUAAAAUUAGACCGUUUUAAACCGUGUGUUGAUAAUGUAUUGUGUGGGUGGCUUCCUCUCAUGAUUGCAUCCAACGUUAAUUUUGCAAAAGAGAUUGCAAAGGUUGUAACGGGACAGUGAGUUUGUGGUCUGAUGUAAGAGACGGCGUUAGUAAACACCUACCAGGGGCACGCACGUUUCCCCACGAAGGAUUGAUAGCACGGCCGUAAGCUACUCCCGAGCCGCUCCGUUCCGUGGCAGCUGCUGCGCCGGGGCUCCCCUGGAAGCUGAGCCGCGAGGCCGGGGCCUCGGCAGCUGCAGGAGCACCGAGCUCAGCGCCGCCAGGAUGCGGGUGAGCGCCUGCAGCUCCCCGGGCUGGGCGGCCGCGGGACACGGCUCCUGGCGCGGGACUGCCCGGCCCGGCCCAGCCCUGCCCUGCGGGACACCGACCCCUCCGGCACCGGCGUCGCAGAACGUCGGCGGCGUCCGUCCCGGUGUCUCCAGGUCACAGCGUUGCUGUGUUGCAGCACGGUAGUCCUUCUUUCCUGUCCAAUCGCAGGCAUACUUUGAAAUAUCAAUCCUUAACUAUGUUAAAAUACGCAUUCUUUUUUCUUAUAUAAGUGAGAAUUAUGCAAGGCGAUAUCCGAAUACUAAAGAUAAUUAAGCCAUACAUAUUUGCAUAUAUAUUAUAUAUAACUAAAUAAGUAAACACACACACCAAUCCUUCAUUCAGAUUAGUGUAACAGUCCUAUCUAAAGUGAUUGACACAGUAACAUUUGAGGAAAACACUCCUUUCAUGUGUUUUUGCUUUGUUUUGUUUUGAAAUCCGGAGCAUCAUUAUUUUUUUCCAUAUGUUAUUCCACAUAUUAUUCCUUAACGUUGUAGCCUAUCCUAUCCUAUCCUAGCCGUGGUUUAGCUGUCUAAGCAACAACAUAGAAGUUCGUCAGCCUAAACUAAACACAACUGAUUGUGUAUUUGUUUACAUUUGUAUGAAAGGAAUGUUCUGAGGUAUGCAGUGCUUGUGUUGUGACAGUUCACGUCAGAUUCAGUAUUACUGCUUUUUUUAUAUAGUAAUGCCGGUUUUUUUAUUUACAUCUAUCUGACAUUCUUUCAUGUGGUAGGUUCUUUCUCAGGAACUCAAUUUAACUGUUAUUUAUUGAUAUAUCAUUGCCUUUGAAAGCUUCUACUGGCACAAUUUAUUAAA